UGUGUGUGUGUGUGUGUAUAUGGCGCAAAUGCGAUACACUACACAUAUACGCGGAUAGGUACCGCGUCGACAGUUGUUGCGCAUGCGAGUGCGACAGAACGACAGCGUAGUCUACGGGUCACAUUUGUGCGUCUUAUUUGGCGUGAUGAGGGGAUAUGCGGAAGAGUACCGGGGCGGGAUUGAACCACCUUGUUGCUGCAACGCUUUCCUCCGACGAUCGUCGAGAAACAGAUUUGAAAUUUCAUGUGUAGUAUUACCAGAUUACCGUUCCUGAACUAGCAACUAUCUUUUGUCUCUUUUUGUUUCACGCGGAAAUCCCGUUGCGGGCCAAAGAAAGAAAACGAUAUAUUAUAUAUAUUGAUAUAUCAAUGUAUAUAUAAACUUUCAUACAGAUCUCGUGCAAAUUGUCGUAGACACGUUUUGCUCUCGUGUAUUCGUGUAUUCGUGUCUGUCGAAGUCUCAACUUCUACCGAAGUUAUAUCGGUCUCGCAAUAUACAGGCAAAGAGAGAGAAAAAGAGGGGAGGGGGAGUGAGAGGAGAGAAGGGAAGGUAGGGAGAUUGAGUUAACCGGGACUAGCGUUAAUCAACGCUGGUAUACGACCUACGCCGAGAUUGCCGAGUCGAGAGCGAGCGUUUCGGUAUUGAUGAUCGUAUAGCCGAAAAUCUCUCUCUGGAGCUCUCGCGAGAGAGGAGAGACAGACGAUAAUCGCCCCAGACGAUGUCGGUCCCUGCCUUGCCGCAUCAGGAGCACGCUACGACGCUACGACGUUUCCCGCGGCUCUCGCCCAGCCAUGACAAAACCUCGACGGAGAAAUCUCCAGGCGCGAAUCGAUGCACGUGUACAAUGGGAUACACGCGCCGCUCCGCUCCGCGCCGCGCCGCGUGGCGCCUGGAAGGAGCGAGAUCCCCGAUGACGCGCGCGCGGCCAGGAGGCUCGUUCGAAAAUCCGAUUUGGGACGAUUCGGCCGAUUCGCUGACACGAUAUUCGAUAUUUAUGUGCGCGCGUGGAAACGCGCGACUACCGUGCGUCUCGCAACGCGCCGGCUUCGCUAGUGCGUACGUAUGUAGUAUGUAUAUACUAUGUAUACGCGCGCAUGCGAAUGUAACGACCGUUCGCGCGGUCUCCCGCAGUCGCAGUCGCGUCUACUCCGCGUAUCCUCGCGGAGCUCGCUUGGGGACCUCCCGGGAUCGGGGAGAGCCAGGGAGAGCGAUCGGCGACGCUGCGUUGGGAUCCGCGUCCCUCGUGGCGUUGGACUCUGUGUUUCUCUCGCACUUGACCUUUAGAGGGCUGCAACAAUUUUUUUUUCAUGCUCAGAGUGAAAAUUUUGUUUUGCAGGAAAAAGCGAGCACAGUUGUAGCAGCAGGUAUUGGCCUGGCGGCUAUUGGGUUUGCAGGGCGUUAUUUGCUCAGGAGAAUGCCAAAUCUCUCACAGAGGAUGGCAGAUACAAUGAAGAUGCUAGAUUCUCAGUCACUAGCGAACAGCAAAUAUUACAAGGGUGGCUUUGAACCAAAGAUGACGAGGCGGGAAGCCAGUUUAAUCUUGGGCGUGUCGCCAACAGCUAGUAAGGGCAAAGUAAAGGAACAAUUUAAGAAAGUAAUGGCUGUGAAUCAUCCAGAUCGCGGCGGUUCUCCAUAUAUCGCUGCAAAAAUUAAUGAAGCAAAGGAUAUGCUCGAGAAAUAAUAUUAUCAAGUUUUCAAGAAAAUUUGUGCAUAAAUAGAGGCUGUGCAUAUGCGUAUAAAUUCAGAGUCAAUUAUAAUAAAAUAUUACAAGGAUAACUGUUUUUCUCAGACGUCUAGUCAAUAUUCUCAUAUCAUUACUCUCAUAAAAUAUCACAAUGUAACUUUUAUAGUACUUCGUAAUACUUUGUAUUGUUAAUAUCCUCAGUAAAGUAUUUAUAACUUGUUUUUCUUUA